AUGAAAAUGAAUGAAAAAACUAUUAAUCCUCUGGAAAAGAUUAAGCACAUAUCCCAGAUUCAAAUUAGAAAGAUAUGCAUUCCAAUAUUAUUAGGACAAAUACUGGCUGUGCUUAUUAGUUUAACAGCAAUAUGCAAUGGUAUACUUUCUCAGUAUAAGAUAAACUUACCACUAGCUAUUAAUUUCCCGCAUUACUUUUUGUUAGCUGUGUCCUAUGGAAUUCCCUAUCUUUAUUGUAAAGCAUACAAAAAAUGUUCCAACAACGCAACAACCAGUGAUACAUUCGGUCACAAUGGUGGCGAAAACGUUGAUGAUGCUUAUAGCGCUGUCACUAACACGGGAGAUAUGGAAACUGUUGUAAUUCCCAAUCCUAGAAGACAUGUAUUUAAAGUGUUGUUAA